AUGGUCCGAUCGUUAGAACACUCCUUGAGCCCCCCUCCGCCUUCUCUACAUCAUUCUCCCCUCCUUGGUGAUCUGGAUAGAGCCGAGACUCGGGAUUCGACCCCCGUCACCACUCCCCGAGGUUUUGGCCUGCAACCGCGCAGACCAGAUAGGGAAAAGGCAUCAUCGUCCGAUCUUCCCUGGCCUCAACAUCCCCUCGAUCCCGACGCCGGCGCCGACGACUACCACCACCACCAUCACAAUAACAACAACAACAACAACACCACCAGCUACACCUCCUACUUUGAUCCCACUGCCUUUCCUUCCAGUUUCCAGGAGCUUUUCGAUUAUCCUUACGUCGAACCCUUCACCAUGACGACCGGUGCCGCCCCCAUCGACAUCGCCACUCGUCAGACCUCGGUCUCUCCGCCGGGACAGCAGGCCUCCAACCUCACCUCCGCCUUGCAAAGAGCCAACAAUGGCGAGCGAUCCGGUAGCCUGUCCCAUGCCCACGGUGGAAGUUUGGGUAUGUUCAAGCCUCCCCCGCCUCGCAAGGAUUCCAUCGGCACGGCCACCGCCCAAUGGGGCAACGGAACGAAACCCAUCUCCGUCUCCGGAUCCAACCGCGAUAAGCAACGACGAGAGUCGUUGGCUGGGAGUUUGGUCGGUGGGAUGAGUUGGGGUGGGAUAUCGGUGGGAAGUUGGAUACGUGAUGAGUGA